GAGCUCAUAUUGUAACAUUCUUUCCGGCUCGGACGUCGUACUUGCAAGUACUAAUUGUUUAAAAUAAAUUUUUAAAAAUGACUGAAACACUUCAGUUACGUGGUACUCUUCGUGGUCACAAUGGAUGGGUCACACAAAUUGCUACAAAUCCAAAAUAUCCUGAUAUGAUUUUAUCAUCAUCACGAGAUAAGACAUUAAUUGUAUGGAAAUUGACUCGUGAUGAAUUGAAUUAUGGUGUACCACAAAAACGUCUUUAUGGCCAUUCUCAUUUCAUUUCUGAUGUAGUAUUGUCAAGUGAUGGAAACUAUGCACUAUCUGGAUCAUGGGAUAAGACCUUACGUUUAUGGGAUUUAGCUGCUGGACGUACAACUCGUCGAUUUGAAGACCAUACUAAGGAUGUACUUAGUGUUGCUUUUUCGGUUGAUAACCGUCAAAUUGUGUCUGGUUCUCGGGACAAGACAAUCAAAUUAUGGAAUACAUUAGCUGAAUGUAAAUAUACAAUUCAAGAAGAUGGUCAUAGUGAUUGGGUGUCAUGUGUACGAUUUUCUCCAAAUCAUAGCAAUCCAAUUAUUGUAUCUGCUGGUUGGGAUCGUAUUGUCAAGGUAUGGAAUUUAGCUAACUGCAGAUUGAAGAUAAAUCACUCAGGUCAUACUGGAUAUUUGAAUACAGUGACUGUUUCUCCUGAUGGUUCACUUUGCGCUAGCGGUGGUAAAGAUUGCAAAGCUAUGCUUUGGGACUUAAAUGAUGGCAAACAUUUACAUACCUUGGAUCAUAAUGAUAUCAUCACAGCAUUAUGUUUCUCACCGAACAGAUACUGGCUUUGUGCAGCAUUCGGACCAUCUAUUAAAAUUUGGGAUUUGGAAAGCAAAGAAAUGGUUGAAGAAUUACGACCAGAAAUUGUUGCUACAACAGCCAAAGCAGAACCACCACAAUGUCUUUCACUUGCAUGGUCUACAGAUGGACAAACUUUGUUUGCCGGAUAUUCUGAUAAUACAAUUCGUGUAUGGCAAGUUUCUGUAUCAGCUCGCUAAGAGCUGUUUUUUUUUUAUUUAAAUAAAUAAAAUGAUAAAUUGAA